CACAUAAUUAAUUCUCUUUUGCUGCUUAUUAUCACAACAAAAUGAGUCAAGAACAACCCAAGAAGCCUGAAUCUCAGCAAGAACCUCAUCAAGGCAAUGCUGCAGCAAAAAUGCAAUCUGCCGAAAAUCGCAUGUUCAGACAAGUACAGAAAGGAGGUCCAGCAACCGCACUGCAUUCAGCGGGUGGCAGUGAUACGGGCAGCAACAUUGUUGCUGAUGAAGGUGUAGUAAUCACUGAGACUAAUGUGCCCGGCAAGCGGAUAAUCUCUGAAGCAAUUGGUGGACAGGUUAUUGGGCAAGACAUUCAACCAGCCCCACUUGCCCCAGAAUCUGUGUAUGAACGAAGAGGCAACAUCACAAUUGGUGAAGCACUUGAAGCUACAGCAUUAACAGCAGGACACAAGCCUGUCGACUAUAGUGAUGCAGCCGCAAUUCAAGCUGCCGAAGUGAGGGCCACUGGCCGUGCCAACAUAGUACCGGGUGGCAUUGCUGCUGCUGCACAAUCUGCAGCAACUCGCAAUGCUCGCAUGACAAGAGACGAGGAUAAAACCAAACUGGGUGACAUUCUUACGGAAGCAAGCUCAAAGUUACCCUCAGAUAAACCAGUGACACGUCGAGUUGCUGAGGGGGUGAUAGGCGCUGAGCUGAGAAACGACCCGAAUCUGUGCACUCGACCAGGGGGCGUAGCAGCCUCUGUGGCCGCAGCUGCAAGGCUUAACCAGAGUGACAUUCCAUCUCCCACUCAGCAGGAUAAAUAAUCUCAUUUCUGGGUUAAUUAGGCUAAUCAACACUAAAUAACACCAAAUUUUUUGGGCAGGCUUGAUGGUACACCUUAAAUGGUGCCUUUUCAGCAUCUAUUCAAUUCAAGUUAUUAUUAUUUUUCAGAUAUUGGUUUCGUUUUGUAGGAAUUCUACUUUGUAUUUAUUUUUUCCUCUUUACUUGAGAAACAAAAAGGUGCUUAUUUAGUUUUUGAUAAUGUGUUUUACUUUUA